AUCAAACAAUGCUCGGCCUGCAAAACGCGCCGAUAUUGCAGUAAGUGUAUUGAUUGUCAGCGUACCGAUUGGCCAACACACAAACGCGAAUGUAACAAGAAUAAGGCCGGCGCAAAAUGGUAUGACUGCCAUCGACUUUGCCAGGAUGGCUCGGAGCAUUUCGGUGACCUUGAGCUUAUCACCUGGAAAUGUCCUGCGGACGGUACGGGCUGGGGUAAUGUUUUUGUCGAAGAGGAGGAAUACAUGAAGAAGAAAUUUACGGAAGAGUUUGGAGGCGAUUUGAGGAAGCUCUUUGAUCAUUGGCCUCAGGCCUUCCGAUGGCGGUGCUGUGGAAUGGAUGGUAGCAUGACCUGGGGAUGCGACCAUCAUGGUACUGGCGUCAAACCCUGUACAUGCGACUUCUGCAAGAUGGGAAAAGCUCUCCCGGAUAGCAUCUACCACGAACAGAGCGCGACGCGAAUGGGUCUCCGUCUGCCGAGAGGACCGGAUUCACGCUCCAAGGAUCUUACAGCUGGAGGAAUAGCCACCAUGAUGAGAGGGUUCCUUGGUCUCGAU